UCCGACGGGAUCUCUGGAUUGUGCACGCUAGAGUCUUGGUCAAGCGGUGCCUACAUCAGUGUAAGACCUGCAAGUUACACCAAAGAGCAAUGCAACAACAACAAAUGGCUGAUCUACCUCGCUCUCGAGUAAUGGUUGCGCCUCCCUUUUCCAACGCUGGGUUGGAUUACGCCGGACCAUUCCUCGUCCGCCAUGGUGGUAAACGUUCUACCACCACCACCAAGACGUAUGCUGCGAUCUUCAUAUGCAUGUGUGCCAAGGCAGUGCACAUAGAAAUGGCGGAAGACCUGAGCACCCGAGCAUUUCUGGACGUCUUUGAUCGAUUUGUGAGUCGUAGAGGAUAUUGCACCAAUCUCUAUAGCGACAAUGGCACCCAAUUUGUGGGGGCAAACCGUCAACUUCAAACUGACCUGGUCGACUGGCACAACACUUAUUCCAAGCAACAACUGUCUGAUGCAGGCGUCCGCUGGCACUUCAUAACUCCUUCCGCUCCUCAUCAAGGAGGCUUAUGGGAGCCUGCAGUGCGUUCGGCCAAGAAGCAUCUCAAGCGCGUCAUUGGUGACGCUGUUCUCCCGUUCAUCCAACUCAGUACCCUGCUGGUACGCAUUGAGGCAUGUCUCAACUCGAGACCCCUCAUCGCUCUUCAAGACGAUCCCGAAGGCGGCGUCGCGCUAUCACCCGGAGACUUCCUCAUCGGCCGCCCAUUGAAUUCUCGUCCAUAGGCCCCCGUUCCGGAAGCACCGGACAAUCGGCUAAAGUACUACCAACGACUACAACGCAUGUUGCAACAUUUUUGGCACCGUUGGAAGGAGGAAUACUUGGUCCAGCUGCAGGCUCGUAGCAAGUGGGCCCGACCUACGCCAAAUCUACAAGUUGGUGACGUGGUGGCCAUCCAGCAAGAGCAGAUUCCUCCAUCUCGAUGGCGCAUCGGUCGCAUUACAGCAGUGCAUCCGGGGAGUGACGGGCUGGUGCGCGUAGUCACCAUCGCAUCCUGCACAUUCGAAAGAGGCUUCUGUCGCAAAAAUUUGUGUCAGCGCCCAGUCCAACGAGUAUGCCGUAUCCUUCAAGCCCACGAAGGCAUUCUAAAUCCAGAGGACUUAGCCGGGGAGGAUGUACGCGAUUAAGUGGCAACGACCAGCUUUAUCGUCUGCACUCUGCACGAACCUUUAGUGUCGUUCGCGGCUGCACUCUGAACUAGCCUUAAGUGUCAUUCGAUUAUUUAUGUUUUGCAUACAUACAUACAUACUUCCAUCUUUAUAUAUAAUAUUCUUGAACCUGUAAACAUCAUAAAAUCUAACGUUAACAAAUCACGCUAUUGUACCGUUUGUAGAUUUCUAUAAAAGACGAGUUUGCAAAUAAAUAAGGGCCAUUAUAUUCCCGCUGGUCGGUGUGUACAAACAUAAUCGGUUUUCAGUUGCUUUUAUCGUACAAUAUCAAAUAUAAAUAGUAUUUUUCUGGUUUGUUAAAAUUUAAACUCACUGAAACAUUCACUGCACUCGUUAAACUUUUGUUGUCUGUGGAAGUACUGUUGGUAAGCAACAUCACAGGCGUAUUCUCAGGCGAUGUCGAAUCGCUAAGAAAAUCACCUCAUGUAAGUGCAGAUUAUCCUUCACGCACGCAAUAGAAAUUUUGAAAUGGCAGGACCUUCAGCUCUUCAUCUAAUACAAUAUUCACAAUAAAUUUUCUUGACAGUUAAAUACAUAUUGAGAGAAAAUAAACUGUUCAACUUUUAUGAAAAAAAACAUUUUUCAAAUAAGGUUAAUAAUUUUAUUUCAGUA